GAAAUAGAAGGUUCACCGAAAAGUGACGUUUGGACGUGAAUUUUGAAGAGAUGACAUCUUUGUGACUUCUAGUCAUUAACUCAAGUAUUUGUGACACAUUGAAGGUAAGCAGCACUAUGGGCUUCCUGCUGUCUAAAUCCAUGGAUGCCAACCUGAAGAAGCAGCAAGAGUUUAUGCUUCACAACUCCAGGCUGCAGAUGGAGCGUCAGCUGCUGAUGCAGACAGAGAUGAAGCAGCGUGAGAUGGCCAUGCAGGUUGCUCGGUCCAGAGAGUUCCUGACAUACUUUGGCAGCUUCUUCACUCUCACCUGUGCUGGACUCACACUGGGGGCCAUCAAGAGAAAGAAGGCGGCCAUGUUGGCCCCCAUCCUUCCUCUCAGCUUCAUCCUGGCCUAUCAGGUGGACAACGCCUACGGGUCACUCAUUCAUCGAACCAGAGAGGAGGCGGAGUCUAUCAUGUCAUCAGAGCAGCAGCGCCUGCAACUUCCUCACGGGACUCCAACCUUCGACAGCAUCGAGAAGAUUCGUCGCGCCAAAAUCAGCUUCUCCUCCAUCUUGGAAAAAUGAGGCCUUUUCUUCUCCGUGAAGAUGAUUGACAGCUAAGUUUUUUGACGUUCAUAAACUAUGUGCCAAAUGAAUCCAUUUAAAUACAUCGUUAACUCAAUUAUAUUGAUCAAAUAUAUCUGAUGGAAUCAUUUCAAAAAACACUAAAAUAAAUGCAUUCAAUAUUUUAAAUA